GCUAGCAGAGAGCAGCUCCGGGGGUUCUGGGCUGGUUGCCCCCAAGUUGAGGAGGUGCUGGGGUGCAGCAGCUGCCCAGUCUCAGACAAUGAACUACGUGGGGCAGCUUGCUGAGACCGUCUUUGUCACGGUGAAGGAGCUGUACCGGGGCCUGAACCCCGCCACGCUGACGGGCUGCAUCGAUGUGGUGGUGGUCAGACAGCCCGACGACUCCUUCCAGUGCUCCCCGUUCCACGUGCGCUUCGGGAAGCUGGGUGUGCUGCGCUCUAGGGAGAAGGUGGUUGAUAUUGAAAUCAAUGGGGAGCCUGUGGACCUGCACAUGAAGCUGGGUGACAAUGGAGAAGCCUUCUUUGUCCAGGAGUCAGAGGAGAAUGAGGACAUCCCCUCCCGCCUCUGCACAUCCCCCAUCCCCAGGGAGGAGAGCCCAGAGGAUGCUGCUCAGGCCUCCAGCACUGAAGUGACCCUUUGCAAGAGGUGCUGGCGCAGGAGGAAGCCCAAGCAGAAGGAAGAGUCAGGCUCUGAGUGCAAAGGCUGUGAGGAGUCCAUAGCUCACAUGGAGCUAUGUGAGCUGCCAGCCCCUAGUGAUGCAGUGUAUUUCUCCUUCACUGAUCUCCCUGAAGAGGAAACCAGGUCAUUGCAGUCAUCAGAGAUGCACCCAUACUCUGAUGGGGAGCUGGCCUCCAUGGGCAGUCAUCCCCUGAGUCAUCCAUCCUCUCCCAAAAGUGACUCUGAGCUGGAGAUUAGACCACAGGAAAGUUUUGCUCUUGGGGCUGAAUCCUACAUGCAGUGGACUUGGGGAAGGCUCCCUCAGGUGAAUAAAUCUGAACGAGUUGAACCAGACAUGUGCACAAAGACCAUUGCUGCUGCAGCAACUACUGCCUCUGCAACACUAGUCCCAGUGGAUGAGGCCACCCCUCUUGUUGCCACUUCUGAGGGUCUGGGAGGCAGCCCAAACCCAGCAGGACCUCAAGGCAUACCUUGUUCUGCUGUUGAAUCUGUGGCUGAGCAAACACCUGCACCCCAGGAUGGGAAGAUGGGGGCAGAGAGCUUGUUGGAGGCUGCCUCAGCCACACAAGAGGAAGAGGGGAGAGGUGGGAAUGUUGUACCAGAGGUUCAGCCUUUUGAAGAAGCUGCUGUCCUGAGACAGGUGGGCUCAGAAGGCUCCAAGCCCCAACUGGAGAGCCAGAGGAGACAAGGAUCCAUCAAAAGAAGCCUGCACUUGGGUCCCAGUGACGUUUACCUGGAAGACCUCUCCCACCUGGAUGAAGAGCAGGUGGCUUUCCAUUUCCCCAGGAGUGACACAGAGCAGAGUUCAAAGGCUGUGGCAGAACCCAGCAGCCCUCUGUGUGUCCAGCUGCCAUCUGAUGUGCCCACAGACUCCAACUCUGACCUCCUGCCCACAAUUGCUCUGUCGCUGUGCGGAGGCCUGGGGGGCACCAGGCAGAUACCCCAUGAGAAGUUCAUGGAGCACAUGGUCUCCUACCAGCAGUUUGCUGAGAACCCAGGACUCAUCGAUGACCCGAACCUGGUGAUACUGAUCAACAAGAAGUAUUACAACUGGGCAGUGGCUGCUCCCAUGGUACUGUCCCUGCAGGCUUUCCAGAGGAACAUUCCUGAGAGCACCAUUGACCAGCUGGUGAAGGAGAAGAUGCCCAAGAAGGGCAGCAGGUGGUGGUUCUCCUGGAGGAGGAGAGAAUUCCCAGCUGAGGAGGUGUGUUGGCAGCAGUGGUUGCCAGGGAAAGCCAGUGUGAGGUCUCUGCAGCCCGACUCUACUCAGCAGAGGCAGGAAGAAGAGGGGUCAUCCAGUGAUGAUGAGUCCCUGCACCCUGGGGACAUGGUAGCAGUGGAUGCCCCUGCAGAGAAACCUCUGCCCACCUAUAAGAAGUCCCUGCGGCUCUCCUCCCAACAAAUUGAAAGACUGAACUUGCAGGAUGGCCCCAACGAGGUGGCAUUCAGUGUGACAACCCAGUACCAGGGGACAUGCCGCUGCGAGGCCACCAUCUACCUGUGGAACUGGGAUGACAAGGUGGUUAUCUCAGACAUUGAUGGCACCAUCACCAGGUCAGAUGCUCUUGGGCACAUUUUGCCUCACUUGGGAAAAGACUGGACUCAUCAUGGGAUUGCCAAACUCUUCCACAAAAUCCACCUGAAUGGCUACAAGUUCCUCUACUGCUCAGCCAGAGCGAUUGGCAUGGCACACAUGACCAAAGGCUACCUCAAAUGGGUCAAUGAGCAAGGCUGUGCCCUCCCCAAAGGCCCCAUCCUGCUUGCCCCCAGCAGCCUCUUCUCUGCCUUCCACAGGGAGGUGAUUGAGAAGAAGCCAGAGGUGUUCAAGAUCGCCUGCUUGAUGGACAUCCAAAACCUCUUUGCCACGGAGCUGCCCUUCUAUGCAGCCUUUGGGAACAGAGCAAGUGAUGUCUAUGCUUACAAGCAAGUGGGUCUGCCAGAGAGCCGCAUCUUCACUGUCAACCCCAAGGGAGAGCUGAUCCAGGAGCUCACCAAGAACCACAAGUCAACGUAUGAGCGGCUGUCAGAGCUGGUGGAGCUGAUCUUCCCUCCCCUGGGGCAGAGUGGGAGCGUGGCUCUGGUGUGCCCAGAGUACAGCCACUUUGCCUACUGGAGACCUCCACUGCAUGUUGUUGACUGGGAGACCUUCUCCUGA